UCCGGAGCUGCUCCCCCUCAGCAGGCUGGUGCGGAAAAGGAAGAUUACCUUGACAAGGCCUUUGACUUCGGCGCCAAGAAGUCCGGCCACACCGUUGACCGCAACACCUCCGAGAAAAUCACCGACGGUGCCCGUGAGAUGUUUGAGAAGGCGACGGGCAAGCAGGUCAACUCCAAGUUCUCCAACUAAACCAACCGGCUUGGAAAAUCCUGAUGGACAACUACCUACCUACGUGCCUACCUAUACGUAAUUGAGACCGGCCGGGGGGGGGGGG